UAUCAAACGGAGGGAAAAUCGAAACAUUUACGUCAUUGUGAAAUAUCUAGUUAGCUAACUAUUUAGCUAGCCAAUGUUGAAUAAGUUAGGUACCAAAUGUUAUCACUGAUAAACUGAGGGGGGAAAAGCACAAGGGGACAUAAAGGUUACUAAUAUAAUCAGAUAAAUAAGAUACUGUCGCAUGCUUAUGCGUGACCAUGUCUCAAGCAACCCUCUUGGAGGAGGUUAUCCACUGGAGUGAGGAAACAUGUCGACAGGAGCUCAAAUCAGUACUGCCUAAGCUUGUCUGGCAUCUUCACUCUGACAAACAGGAUGAACUUAUACGUGUCCUCAAAAUAAUCACAGAGAUGUUUAUUCCUCACAUGAGCGUGGUAGAGCUUGAGACAGAGUGUUUCUCUAAGGUCUUGCCCAAGGUGGUGAAGAUGUUUAAUGACUUGGUAGAAGAGAUCUCAAGCCAAGUAGGAGGAAUGCCCAGUCAGAACUCUGAGCUGCGUGCCUGUCUGAGAAAUAGUCUGCAGGUCAUGGUACAAAUAUUGGAAGCUCUGUCAGGCUGUGUUCGUCAUGUCUGCUCUUUCAAGGAAACGCUAAUGCUGGAGACCAUUCGCUCUUUACCUUUCUGCAUUUUGAAGGUCCUGAAGGACACCUUUCAGCACUGCAAGGAGAGCGAGGCUGUGUACAGUGACCGUUUGUCUCUGGUCACUGACCUCCUACAGGCCCUGUUCAAAGAGGCAUACUCGCUCCAGAAGAGCCUGUUAGAGCUGCUGGACAGGAUAGCCUUAGGGAGUGCAGCUUCUGAGCAAGAGGUCUCUGAUAUUUUGGCAGUUAUUCACAGUCUCUUGGAAAUAUGCUCUGUAAUAUCAAACCUGGACAUUGCCUUGCAUGCAAACACAUGGAAGUUUAUAAUACGGCAAAGUGUGAAGUACCAGGCUCUGCUGGAGGAGCAGCUGCACCAUGGCGACAUUGUGUCCUGUCUGUGCGAUGACCUGCUGGCCUCUUUCCACACCUGUCUGGAGCUCGCCGAACAGAUGAAGCAGUCUGUGCCACAGGAAAAUGUACAGUGUCCUGAAUUGAAGCUGUUCCAGAAAACAACCAAAAUGUGUAGGUUUUUUGCCAACACAUUAGUCCACUACGUAAAGGAAUUCCGAGCUUUUUUAGCAAAGUCUUGUGGAUACUUCCACCAUGUCUACCUUCAGAUCCUGAGCAAGCUGCCCCCCAGCCUCUGGGCCCCGGCCAUCUCCAGCGCACACAGCAGUGAGCUGAGCAGCACCGUGCUGGUGGCCAUGGACGCCCUCAUCGCCCAGCUGCUACCCUUCAGGCCUUUCGCUGAGGCGGUGCUGGCAGAGAAGCAGCCAGUUGCAGAUUCUGCUCCGGAGCUGUCGUUUCCUCAUUGCCUCCUGCUUACGAACAUCACGGGCAAGCUGUCCUCCCAGCCUGAGGAGGUGCUGCGUCUCUGGUGCGAGGGCAGCAGGUUCCCGGAGGACACGCCGAAGCUGUCGGUCUUCCAGGCGCUGUUCCUGAGCUUCCGGGCCUGCUCCCCAGAGCGAGCCGCGCCGGCGCUGGUCCCGGGAGUCAUGGUGAACGGACAGGCCCAGAGCGCGGUCUCCCUGCACCGACACGUCUGCGUGCAGCUGUCAGCCUUCGCCGCCGCCCUGCCGGCGGUCCACUUCCCGCAGCUGGAGCGCUCUUUGCUGGAAGUGGUUCUGCAACCAGACACUCAAACAGCUCUCCUUGCGACUGACGUCUGGUGCUUCAUGGCGCGCUACGGAACAGCAGAGCUGUGUCUGCAUCAUGUGGUUCUCGCAGCUCAUCUGAUCAAGGCCUGCCCUGGGGAGUGUUACCAGCUGUCCCACCUGGCCAUGCUGGUGAGGCGAAUGAUGUUCCUCAUGACACCACAGCACCAGGCCGAGAUGGCGGAGAAGUUUCCCCCCGGACUGGCGGAGAACCUGGGCGUGUGGCGGCACGUUCUCUUCAGGGCGCUCUCCCCGGACGUUGGGAAGCGUGCGGAGAGGGACGUUGUGAGCGUGGCAGGCGCCGUGGUAACGGGCUGGCUGGAGAAGGGCUGCAGGCUGGGAGAGCUGCAGACGGUGAAUGUGGCCCUGUCGGCCUCUCUGGCUGUAGUUCGAUGUGAAACCGCAGGGCCAGAGAGCGUGUCUACUGUCUCGAGAAUGGUGACUCGCCUCUGGCCUCGCAUGUGUGUCAGCCAGGUCCGGGCUUACCCUCCAGUUCAGUGUACCCUGCGUCUACUCUUUUCUCUCUCUGCCAUUUCAGUGCAGAGUGUAGACUCCCACAUCAUCUGCCAGGCUCUGACCUGUUUGAGCUCACUGCUGUCACAGAAGUGCCCUGAUGAUGUUGUGCUGGCAGCGCUGGACUUUCUAUCAUCCCUGGGGAAAUUGUUCAUACCUCCUGAAAUUCAGAGCCAGGUCCUACCCAAACUCUCUAGCCUCUUCAGCAUCUUGCUGGCCAAUGAGUCAUGGAUUAUUCACCAGCACAUUCUAGAGGCCUUCUCCCGCUUUGCAGAAGUAACCAAUCAUGAAGAGGUGAUCUCCCAGAGUUUAACAUCAGAACACUCCAAAAAUAAAGUGGUGAAUUUCCUGAGCAAGAUUGCGCAUGCAGCCGAAACGGCAGAAGAACGAAUAGAGAGGUUAAAAUCAGAAAAGACCGUAUUCGAUCGACACAAUGCCAGGCAGGAGAAUGAUAGUAUGGAGUCGACAGCCGACCUAGAGCCAUGUUCCAAACGAUCUCGACAAGAGACCAGUGAAGAGGAAGAAUAUGAGAAAUAUCUCCAGACUGCAGAAAGCGCUCUGAAAACACUGUGCACCUUAACUGAACAAACUGCACCGCCACAAUGGGUGACCCCCCGGCUCCUGGACCUGCAGGCACUGAUAACCCAAAUCAACACAGCCAGGCCUCCGAAAUCUUAGCCCUGCUGCGGCAACAGCCAACCAUAAUGACUCAAACUGUACAUUCACACCCUUGUUUUUAUGAAGUAAUACUCAAUUGUGUUUCUUUGUUUUUGUUUUCCCCAACAGAACUAUGAUGUGUUGAUCCUUGCAUGCAUGUCAAAUGCUGUUCAUAUUGCAAGGGUCAACAUAUGGUCAUAAAACAAUUGCAUUUUAUACUUUAUUAAACUUUGAUACAUGAAAAUCAUUCUUUUGUUAUAUGAAUUGUGGAAUUUACACCUGUGUUUGACCUAGAGUUAUAAAUAUAAAUGUCUUGAAUAUAAAUAAAACCUUUUUACUUAUGAAA